CUUUCACCCCCACCCGCACGGGCGGGCGGCGCGCGCGCAUCUCCAGCAGUCCCUUCGCGGCGUCGCUCGCGUCAACAUGCCUCCUUUGUGGAUCGUGCUUACCUUGCUCCCCAUCCUCGGGGGAGCUGAAAGGUUCAACUGUCGGACACGCAUCCUCGGCGCGUACUACGCUGAUGCAAAAUCAGGAUGCAAAGCGUUCCACGUAUGCGUACGCGUCGCGGGCGGCGGCAUCAGAGACUUCAGGUUCUUUUGUCCCCCUGGAACGUUGUUCCAUCAGGAAGCCCAGACCUGCACCGACUGGGGGGACGACGACCCCCUGGCCUGCCCAGCCGACCUCUACGACGGUCAGUUCGAUCUCUACAAGAUCGGAUCCGGAUUUGAUACAAAGAAGCUGUCUACAUCGAAUAACCGUGACGAAGAAUCUGAAUUCGGUCUCCAACGUGCAGAGACCGGCGAUCGCCGCCUAUCACAGUCGCAGAGCCAGUCUAGUGGAGCGUCUGACUUGCGCGCCGCCCAUUCUUCUGAUUUCUUCAGCGGACAACGCGAAAGAGGACGCGAUGACUUCGUACCCUCUCCCCAAUCAUCAUCUCGACAGUCUUUCAGAAGACCGACCACAUCACGACAAUAUUAUAGUUCUACACAAUCUACGACACAACACACAACACUCUCACCAUUCCCACCAUCACCACAACCUUCGAGCCCCGCUCAAUACGAAGGUACUAAACGCAAACUGGUCAGAAAGCGUCCUAUCUACGUAUCUACUCCAGCUCCAGCAACAACACUGUCUCAAAACACACAAUCCACUCAAUCAUUUAGUGAACCGGUGCAACAAAAACAACAACAGCAAUCGUUUGAGAAAUAUUUCCAAGCAAAACAAAGAGCACAACCCGCACAGCAAACACAACCCGCUUAUACACAGGCCCCGCAACAACAGCAACCGCCUCUACCACAAGAACAACAGCAACAACAAUAUCAGCGCCUGCCUCAGCAGAAACAAUAUCAGUCAAAGCAACAACCUUUUCCACAGCAGCAACAGUUUCAACCCCAACAGAAUCAACAACAGUUACAGCAGCCGCAAUACCAAUCACAGCAACAUAUCCGACCUCAGCCACCGCCUCAACCACAAUAUUACCAACGCGAAUCACAACAGUAUCAAUCUCAACAACAAAACAAUAGAAACUAUGACAAUACCAACAAUCGCUCUCCACAAAAUAGGCCACAACAGACAACACCCCCACCUUCUCUUCCAGCUCAGUUCAAAGAAUAUAAAGACGAAUAUGUAGAAGUUCCACGUGUAACACCUAAGCAGAGAUAUUUUCCUACUAGUCCACCCGCACCAUUUUCACAAACUACUUCUGCUCAACCUUUCAAUAAGAAAGAUGGUCUUGUAGAACUUUAUAACUAUGACUCACAAUCGACACCAGGAAUCAAUGAUAAUAGAGCGUUUAAAGUAAGAAACAGCUUUAGUGUAACGGAUGUACCAAGAGAUCCCGAUUUUGUUCGCACAAGAAAUAAUCUCAAUACAAACAAUGGCAAAAGUAACCCAACUACCUCAGACUACAGUACUGCAAUUACCAAAUCCACUAACACUCCAGCAUUCAGAAAUUAUAAUAGCGUCACCUAUGAACCUGAAAAGAAUAACUUUGUGUCCAUUGGCAAACAAACUUACUUUAACAAUCCAUCCACUACCCCCACUACAACAACAUUCUAUACUACCAGUCGACCUGAACCCCCAGCAAAUUUAAAUACUGUUGCGUAUAACACUAAUAUUGGUUUUAAUGUGCCCUCAAAUUUCGGUCAAAAUGACGAAGAUGACGGUCAAUACCGUCCUUCAGAAGACGAGGAUGAUGGACAAUACAAGCCAGAAUUAUAUGAACGUGAAUUAUUAUCCGGAGCCCAUUCUUUAAACAUAGCAGCCAGUGGCAACAGAUUGCCUGAGGAUCAAAAAUCACGUGGCAAGACUCAGGUUCCGAAUAAGUCAUCGCAGACUGCUGCACCUAGACCUUUCAGACCUGCUCCUACGCCUACUGCACCAUCAACAAUCCGAACGACAGAUUAUACUGAACAAACGUAUUCAACUACAUCACGCCCACAAACAGUAAAUACGCAGCGAACAUUUGAUUAUUACCAGACGUAUACGACAACAUCGAGACCCAUUGAGCCACCGCCUCCUCUGCACUUAUCUGUUAACAAGACACCUGCGAGCAGUGCUCCAUCCAGACCCACGACCUCUGACACGAGAGCCCCUGAGACGAGGCCUCCUCCGCCGCCUACCGUGACACCGAAACACAUAGCACCUUCGCCUCCUCCUUCAUAUCCUAAAAACAAGCACAUCGCGCCGUCUCCUCCCCCCUCGUUCUCAAGACCUGUCAGUGAUAAGGAAGACAAUAGCUACGAUUACGCGUAUUACGACACCGACCCAGGUUUUUCAGAAUACGAUCGCAUAGAGGAAUUUGGUAAAACGCAUGUAAAAUCAUAAGAUGAUUGUUACCUUAUUUAAUUCACUGCCAUUAAAUUAGUCGCCUCUUUGGAUAGAUAUUUUACAGAUAGAUUAAUAAAAAAUACUUUAGUUCUGUUACGUGCAAUCUGUCGCCUAAAAUAUAUUUUAAACUUACUUAGAUUUUCCAAUCUUUUGUAAAUAUUUUUCAUAAAAUGUAGACCAUCAUAAUCUAGACUGAAUGAAACAAAUGCCAGUGCAACUUUUAUCUAAAGAGGCUUAUCCAUAAUUACCCUAAAUUAUUUGUGAUAUUAUUGUGCGUAAUGUAUUGGUUAUAAGUUGUUACACUUAUUGUAUUUUACAAACAAGUUUCAUUUGACCAUCAACAAUGCUAAAUGGGAAAUCGGUCAAACGGGACUUUAAUAAAAAUAUUUCUAAGAGUGAGAUUGAGAGCAUGCAUCUAAAUCGCAGUCCGUGUUAGAACAAUUGCCAAUAAUAGGAUUUUGCGGAUAAUAAUUUUAUCCUAAGUAUGUACAAUAGAUCGUAAGUUAUGAGUGUAGAUUGUAAAAUAUUUCAUUGUAAAUAAAGAAUUUGUGAAAAACAA